CGUCAUACAUAAUCCACCACAGACAGGGAGGUAAACAUUAACCAGAGACCAGUGUGGCUUUGCCGUUCAGAAGAAGUUUUUAAAGAGCAACAUGGCGACCAACAGUACUGUUUGGUCUAAAGGACAAAUAAUGUUUAAGUAUUCUCUGAAUCUGCAACAAUCGACCAGGAGGAUUUCAGAAAGCACUGACAAAAGCUGGUUCCGUUCCUUAUUCGUGCACAAAGUGGAUGCCAGGAAAGAUGCCCACUCCAACCUGUUGUCUAAGAAAGAGACCAGCAACCUGUAUAAAAUUCAAUUUCACAACGUCAAACCAGAGUGCCUGGAAGCUUACAACAGUUUAGAGGCCGAGGUGCAAAACAGGCUCCAUCAGGACCAGGACUACCCAUGCGAGGUGGUGGGAAGCUGGAACACCUGGUAUGGAGAACAGGACCAAGCUGUGCACCUAUGGCGAUACAGAGGAGGCUACCCAGCCCUGACUGAAUGCCUGAACAAGCUGAAUGAUAACAAGGAGUAUUUAGAGUUUCGAAAAGAAAGGGCAAAAAUGUUGAUUUCAAGACGAAAUCAGCUCCUCCUCGAGUUCAGUUUCUGGAAUGAACCUAUGCCAAGACCAGGACCCAACAUCUAUGAAAUGCGUACCUAUAAUCUCAAGCCAGGAACUAUGAUCGAAUGGGGAAACCACUGGGCGAGGGCUAUCAAGUUCAGACAGGAAAACAAAGAAGCAGUGGGAGGGUUCUUCUCGCAGAUCGGCGACUUGUAUGUUGUUCAUCAUUUGUGGGCAUAUGAAAGCCUUCAGUCCCGGGAGGAGACCAGGAACUCUGCCUGGAUGAAGCAGGGAUGGGAUGCAAAUGUUUAUUAUACAGUGCCUUUGAUCAGGAGCAUGGAGUCUAGAAUAAUGAUCCCCACCAAGGAUUCACCUUUACAAUAAGAAGAUGACUGAAAUGGGGAGCUUCUCUUGACUAAACUAAUUUACUGACUGCUGAAGCAGCAUCUUUAUAUGUUUUAUCUUCUUGAUGAUCUAUGUUCAUGUUCAUGUCUGUAAACCAAAACGUUUGUAAAUCUUCAGCAGCCAUCCAGUGGAUGCAGUGUAUGUGUGUUUGUAUUUUUGAGAAUCCUGAAACCCCUGCAUUUCAAAAAGCUGAGGUCAAACAUGAAACAAAGGAAUAAUAAAACUGAACAGUGGAAUUAUAAAUGCUAAAUAAUGUGUGUUACAUGAAUAGAUAGGUGUGGUAUGUUUAAGGGUUGUAUCUUUUAGAAUUAAUUACUUUAAUGGAUUGUGUUUUUGUGCUUCACAAUGAAAAGAAUCUUCUCCAUCUAGGCGUUUAUGAUUCCACUUAUAUGACUGGAUUAUGAAUCACUCUGGACAAGUCAUACUGAGAGUUUCAGUUGUGACUGAAUUUUAUGUCGGAUAAAAUUUAACCUGUAAGACUACCUCAAUCAAUAACCUAUAUCUGAUCAUAUCUCUGAUUGAAAUCAGCAAAAAUAACGGUAACGUGUUGUGAAGUGGUAUGUGUUUCAAAAUAAAAGUUGAGAAACCCA